AUGCGCACUCAAUUCCUCAUCAGUGCAGCACUCGCCGCCCUCACCACCGCCUCCCCCGUCCUCAUAAACAGACAACUCACCACCGUCACCAUCUCAGGCACAACACCAACAUCCUACCCCCAACCCGUGACCUCAAUCCGAGGCUUUCCCAUUCACUCCUCCUGCAACGGCACUGAAAGAAACCAAUUGGAAAAAGCCCUCGGCGAUACCAUAAAACUUGCUCGUCAAGCCGCGCAACAUGUUUUAUCCCAUGGCAGUACUUCUGAGUUGUAUGUCAAGUACUUUGGCAAUGCGAGUAGUGCUGAAGUGGUUGGUUGGUAUGAGAAACUCGUGUAUGGGGACCACGAGGGUGUGUUGUUUCGUUGCGAUGAUGUGGAUGGGAAUUGUCAGCAGGAAGGUCACUGGCGCGGUGAAAACGCCACAGACGAAACCGUAAUCUGCCCUUUAUCCUACACCACACGCCAACCCCUAGAAGCCCUUUGCGGAAAUGGCUAUACCGUCGCCACCGGCAAACUUGCAACCUACUUUGCGGCAGAUCUGAUGCAUAGACUUUACCACACCACCAAGAUUGGUGAGGGCGCAGCAGAACAUUAUGCAGAUUCCUAUGCCGAGUGUCUCGAAUUGGCAGAGAAGAAUCCUGCAGAGGCCGUCCGCAAUACGCAUACUCUGCAGUAUUUUGCGCUGGAGGUUUAUGCG